AUGACUCAACAUCGUGCCAAAAGAGUGGCUGUGAUAGGGGCAGGCAUCUCAGGCGUGUCCUCCGCAGCACAUCUCCUACGACAAGGACUGGAUGUCGUCCUGUUCGAAAGGUCAGGUGUUGCAGGCGGAGUAUGGCACUUUGACCCGCGGUCUACAAAAGACCCCUCAUACCCAAAUGAACUGCCUUCCAAGGGCGACUAUGAGACAAAACCAGAGUCAGCAUAUAGCACGCCGCCGCCAGAGAGCGACGACAAGGAAGGCGACGUCGAAAUUGCCCACGCACCUCCUGGGCCGUGCUAUUCCGGACUCAAGAACAACGUGUCGACACGCCUGAUGCGGACAAGUCUGCAGUCAUGGCCUACCGGAACCGAAGACUUUGUCACCCAGAAAGUGCUGGAAGAAUAUAUCCAAGCACUCGCCGAAGACCACGGCGUAUCCAGCAUCACUCAGUACCACACGCGAGUCGAGGAGGUCCGCAAGUCCGGCUUUGAAUGGCUGGUGAGAACGACCAGUCUGGAGAAGACGGCCCUCGGCUCGCACCUCUUGGAGCGACGUUGGACUUUCGAUGCCGUCGUCGUAGCUUCUGGACAUUACAACAUGCCACGAAUACCCGAAGCUCCAGGCCUUAAGCAGUGGAAAGAGGCGUUCCCAGAACGAGUCUGGCACUCCAAGAGAUAUCGAAACCCUCGGGUGUUCCAAGACCAGAACAUUUUGCUCAUCGGUGCGGGCGUUUCCUCGUGCGACAUUGCCAAAGAGUCUGCCGCUCACGCCAAACAUAUUUUCCAGAGUUCACGUGGCGGUGUGCUCGAUUUGCCAGCGACUUUCCUGCCCAAGAAUGCCACAAGAAUCCCAGGCAUCAAAUCAUUUGAGUUAGACGCUUCGCACCACGAAACAAAGUCCGAGUCAGACCCUAUUCCGGGGAAGAUCAUUCUCGAAAACGGCGAGGAGCUCUCCGAUGUCCACGCGGUCAUUCUGUGCACCGGGUAUAUCACAUCAUACCCGUUUCUGGCUCACCUGCACUCCGACACCACACCAACAAGUCAAGCAGAUGAAUCGGUGCUCGUGACAGCCGAAGGGGACAUGGUGCACAACCUGCACAAAGACAUCUUCUACAUUGAAGACCCGUCGCUCGUCUUCGUUGGCGCACCGUACCACAUUGCAACAUUCUCGCUGUUCGACUUCCAGGCUCAAGUGGUAGCCAGGGUUUUGAGCGGGAAAGCGUCCCUACCCACGCAUGAUCAAAUGCGCGAGGAGUAUCGGGCGCGAGUGGAAGCAAAAGGUUUGGGACGCGAUUUCCAUAGUCUCAGAGGAGAAGGUGAAGAACAGGCGUAUGUGGCAGAGCUUGUGGAUUGGACGAACAGAGAUGCUGCUGGGCUAGGCGUCGGGGACAAGAUGCGAGGUCACACAGAGGAGUGGCACGAAGCAAAUCGUGAUAGAGAGGAGAAGUUAAAGUGGUUGCGGGCGACCAAAGACCAGGAGAAGAAGAAAGAGGCUGGAUUUGAUACUGUCGCGGUAUGA